AUGGAGGAAAUUAAAGCGUUGACCGAGGGAAAAAUCAUUGCAAAACGCUGGAAAAUUGUGGAGAAGUUGGGCGAAGGUGGAAUGGGUGCGGUGUUCAAGGUGCGCGAUUUGACGCGUUUCAAUAUGCACGCGGCGAUGAAAGUGGAAUCAGAUUUGACGGAUGGAGGGGUUUUGAAGUUGGAGGUGCAUGUUUUGAAGCAGUUGAGUGAUAGUAAGAAUUGUGCGAGGCUUUUGGAUUCGGGGGAAAGAGGGAAUUAUUGGUGAGUGCGGGGGGGCUGGGUUUUCAUGCCAGGCGAAAUCGCUGCGAGACCUGCCUCAACAAAAAUGUGUGCGCCUUUAAUUUCAAAAUCUUGUGCGAUAGAGCGCGCUUUCUCUCCUCUUUCAAAAAAUUUCUCGCCGAAAAAUGUGGCAGCCGUAAAAAAUAAAGACCAGUGCAGAGUUGAGUCGCGUGCGGCUAUGCGUCGCGGUCGGAAAACAAUCAAUAAUUCAUAUUAUCGAAAAUCUCAUCGGUACCACGCGCUCCACCGAAAUAAACACGCAACGCAGACCGCGCCGCGCCACACCACACACAAAAACGGGAGGGAAUUUGAAUCGUUCUCUUAUUUGUGUGUGUUGUGGCGCGGCGCGGUCUGCGUUGCGUGUUUAUUUCGGUGGAGCGAGUGGUACCGAUGAGAUUUUCGAUAAUAUUUCCCAUUGUUUCCCGACUGCGACGCACAGCCGCACGCGCCACAUUUUUCAGCUUCGACAAUAAAGAAAAUCGCACUGUGUGUGUAAACACCGUGACGCAAAAAUGCACAAAUUUCUUUUUGUUACAGUUUCAUGGUGAUGACACUCCUUGGAAAAGAUUUAAUGGCUCACAAAAGAACCGCCAACAUUCCCAAACUCUCCGAACAAACGACACUCCGCCUUGGCAUGGCUACACUGUUCGCAAUCAAACAAAUCCACGAAGUGGGUUUUACUCAUCGAGACAUCAAACCGGGAAAUUGUGUGACUGGAACAUUGGGAGCCGAUACGAAGAAUGUUUAUUUGAUUGAUUAUGGAAUGGUGCGACAAUUCACGGCGACAAAAGACGAUGGAGAAAUUGCGAUGAGAAGAGCGAGAAAAGGCGAUCAAUUAUUUCGAGGAACACCAAGAUAUUGUAGUUUGAAUGUGCAUGCGAGAAAAGAGCAGGGACGUGUUGAUGAUUUGUGGAGUUGGUUGUAUAUGUUGGUCGAAUUGCAUUGUGGUUUACCGUGGCGUCGUUUGACAGAUGAGAAGGAGAUUUAUAAAUUCAAACAGACUUGUGCACCGGAUGUUUUGUUUAAGGGAUGUCCCAAAGAGUUUUUGAAUAUUUAUAAGUAUUUGAAUUUGUUGGAAUAUAAGAGUCGUCCCGAUUAUUUUGGACUUUGGAGUGAGGUGAGAUUUUGGAGGCUUCUGAGGGCUUCUGAGGCUUCCAUAGGUUUCUAGAGGCUUCUGAGGGCUUCUGAAGGCUUCUGGAAGCUUCUGAGGGCUUCUAGAGGCUUCUGAAGCCCUCUGGAUUUUUGUAGCUUUUUUUAAGCUUCUGGGAGAUUCUGAGGGCUUCUGGAGGCUUUUGAAGGCUUCUGGAUGAUUUUUAGCGCUUUUGAGGGCUUCUGGAGGCUUCUAAAGUCUUCUGAGGGGUUCUGCAGGUUUCUGGAGAGUUCUGAAGUCUUCUGAGGGCUUCUUGAAGCUUCUGAAGGCUUCUGGAGGAUUCCGAAGGUUUCUGAAGGAUUUUGAGGGCUUCUGGAGGAAUCCAGAGAUUUCUAAGGGAUUCUGAGGGCUUCUGGAGGCUUCUGAGGGCUUCUGGAUGAUUUUGAGCGCUUCUGGAGGAUUCUGAGGGUUUAUGAGGGCUUCUCGAGGAUUCUGGAGAAUUCUGGAGGCUUCUGGAGGAUUUUGGGGGUUUCUAAAGUCUUAUGAGGGUUUCUGAAGCCUUCUGAGGGCUUUUAACAGCUUGUGAAGGCUUCUGGAGGAUUCUGAAGGGUUCUGAGGGAUUCUGGAGGAUUCUGAAAGCUUAUGAGAGCUUCUGAAGGUUUCUGGGGGCUUUGGAGAGCUUUUGAGGGCUUCUGGAGGAUUCUGGAAGAUUCUGAAGUCUUCUGAGGGCUCCUAAAGUCUUCUGGAGACUUCUGGAUGCUUCUGAGAGCAUCUGAAGUCUAAUGAGGGCUUCUGAACGCUUCUGGAGGCUUCUGGAGGAUUUUGAGGGCGUCUGGAGAAUUCCGAAGGUUACUGGAGGAUUCUGAGAGCUUCUGGUGCCUUGAGGAGACUUCUGAGGGCUUCUGGAAGAAUCUGGAGGCUUCUGAUUGAUUCUGAAGGUUUCUGAGGGCUUCUGGAGGAUUCUGAAGUCUUCUAUGGGCUUCAGGAACCUUCUGAAGGUUUCUGAAGAGCGCUUAUGGAGGUUUCUGAAAUCUUAUCAGGGUUUCUGGAGGAUUCUAGAGGCUUCUGGAGGCUUCUGGAGGCUUCUGGAGGCAUUUCGAAGCAUCAGAGAACUCUGGGAGGCUUCUGGACGAUUCUGAGAGCUUCUGGAGGCUUCUUUGAGCUUCUGGAGGCUUCCGAAGGUUACUGGAGGAUUCUGAGAGCUUCUGGAGGCUUCUGAGGGCUUCUAGAGGCUUCUGAAGGCUUCUGUAGGCUACUUUAAGCUUCUGGAGAAUUCUGAGGGCUUCCUAGGACUUCUGGAGGCUUCUGAGGGCUUCUGGAGGAUUCUGAAGUCUUCUAUGGGCUUCAGUAACCUUCUGAAGGUUUCUGAAGGAUUCAGGAGGAUUCUGAGCGCUUAUGGAGGCUUCUGGGGGAUUCUGGAGAAUUCUGAACGCCAAAAAUUGAUUUUUCGGAAAACCUUAUCAAAAAUCCCAAUUUUUUGCAGUGUUUCGCCGGCUUCAAACGUGUCAAAGGCUCAUUUUUCGGUCGCUUCGAAUGGGAGCUCGAAAAUCCCGGAAAACAACUCGAAGAAAUCAACACGGCACUAUCUGUCAGCUCAAAAAGAGAGGCGAACAACUUCAAGCCGACGACUCGAAUUCAAAUGGCGAAAAAGAUUUGGCCGUAUGCUGAUUCGGCGAGUUUCAAGAAGAAAGAUUUGAACUUUUGA